CGAAUCCAAGCUCAACGAUAUCCUCUUCUAUGACAGUUUCCCAGUAUCCAUGCUGAAGUUCACCCAGAGUACCAGCCAUGAAGAAAUUAUUCAUCUUGGCUGCACUCGUGGGAAGCAUACUAGCCGAGGCAGGAUGGAAUCCAGGUACAACUUAUAUUUACAGCAUAAACAGUAAAUCAUUAUCUACCUUAAAUGAGUUUGGUAAUGAUUAUCAUGGUGUAAUUAUAAAAGGAUAUAUGAAACUUCAGGCAGGGACUGCACCAAAUGUGACUCUCAAUGGACAAGUAAUUACACAUUUCAA